AUGGAAAUUGUCACCGACGUGCAGGAGAAGCCUUCACUGGCCGAGGCUGAGGAUGCGAAGAAGAGGGUUAUCACCGAGGUAUCCCAUUAUGAGGCUCUUUCAGAGGAAGAAAAGGCGCUGGAUAGACGGGUCAAUCUCAAGCUAGACUUCAUCUUGCUAAUGAUUCUGGCUAUUGGGUUCAUCAGGCAGCUGCUCGGAAUUGAUAAGACCAACGUCGGUUUCGUCGCGACGAGUACAUUCAUCGAGGACGCCAACCUGCAUCCAAAUGACAUUUCCAACUCUCUGUCCUUGUUCUCUGCAACGUACGUCCCCCUCCAACCCAUCUCCGCCAUGAUCGGUCGCUACAUCGGACCCAAAUGGUGGGUGUGCACGCUAAUGAUCGUUUGGGGGAGUAUCUGCAUUGCCCAUGUUGGCGUAAACAGCACGUCGACUUUUCUUGCUCUCCGGCUUCUUCUUGGUGUUGGAGAAUCGGGCUUUACGCCGACAGCGUACUACUACAUGUCCCUCUUCUAUCCUAAAUUCUCGCUCGGCUUCCGCAUGGGCCUGUUCUCGGGAAUGUACUCUGUUGCUGGAGCAUUUGCGGGGCUUCUUGCGUAUGGACUGCUGCACCUUGAGACAUCAGUACAGCAUGGCUGGCAGACGGUCUUCUUGUUUGAGGGAGCUCUGACGGUCUUCGUCGCCAUUCUUGGGUUUAUCGUCCUCCCAGUAAGCCCUGGCAAAGCUUGGUUCCUUACUCCCAAGGAACGUGCUCAUGCCAUAAAGCGGAUGGAACGCGAUUAUGCGCAAGCCGAAGAAGCCGCCGAAGGUGAGUCUAAGAUCACAGUUCGCGACGUCCUAGACGUCCUGAAAGACUGGAAGAAGCUCUUGAUUGUCGUUUUUAACAUCCUGUCCGUCCUGCCCGUAACCGCCUUCACAACCUUCCUCCCCCUAAUUGUGGAAGGUAUGGGUUAUGCCGGUGUAAAAGCAACACUAAUGGCCGUUCCCCCGUUUAUUGUCGGCACAGCCGGCCUUAUAGCCAUUGUUUACUCCUCUGACCACCUCAAAGAACGCUCCUUGCACACCGUCUUCGGCAUGUGCCUCGGACUGAUCGGCUGCGUCGUCAUGGCCACCAGCUACAACGAGAAACUCCGCUACGGCUUUGCGCACGUCUGUCUUGCCGGUGUGUUUGCGGGCGGUCCUUUAGUUGCCGUUUGGCUCGCAAGUAAUACGCCUAAUAAAGCAUGCCGCUCUGUGAUCCUUGGUAUCAAUGGCUGGAGUAAUCUGGCUGGUGUUAUUGCGGGACAACUGUUCAAGAGUAAAUAUGCGCCUGGCUAUAAGUAUCCCCUUGUUGUUACGAUGGUGCUUAUUGCAGUCGGGGUGGGUGGGUUUCUUGCAAUGAGGGGCGUCUAUAUGUGGGAGAAUCGGAGGAGAAGAGCAAUCGUGCAGACUUGGGAGGGUGAGGACUUUGUUGAGGAGCAGAAUAGAACGGAUCGGAGAGGAGAUCGGAAGGUCACCUGGGUGUAUGCUUAUUAG